ACAGCUGAAUCAUUAAGACGACCAUGGUGUAAAAUUGUGGAAUUCAUGGAAGAUGCUUCAAAUAAUAAAUCUAUAGAUUUAUCAAUAUUUGAAAAAUCAUCCUUUAUGAAGGAAAUGUUACAACAAUUCAACUUUCAAAAAAUACUUUAUAAAGAAUCUAAAGUGGCGAAAGUUUGUACUGCUAUCAAAGAAACCAUGGAAGAAAUUGCUUUAUGUUUAGAUAAAAUAUGUGUUAAUUAUCAUCAAGAAUAUAAAAGUCAUCUUUCUCGUAAAGAUUCUGAUUGUUUAGAUCCAGAAAAAGUUUCCCUAAUUGUGAUCGGAUUAUAUGAAGAUCUUUCGCGAUUUACACUUUCCUUUUAUAAAGAAGAUUCCUUAAAGACAUGUAUUUGCUAUGUCGAAAAAGCACAUAAAAUUGCCUAUAAAACUUCAUGCAUUGAAGGACUUCUUUGGGUCUCCAAUUCCUAUUAUCGAAUAGGGGCCUUCUAUCAUAAUAAUGAUCAAGCUCGACUUGCUGUCGAACCAAUACAAUAUUCAUGUACAAUUUUAGACCAAUAUGUAUGUAAAAUACAACAAAUUGGUGGUAAGACCUCGAAAAAUUUAGAGGCAACUCAAGUACAGUUAAGCAAAAG